AUGACUGGCCGAAAGGCUGCGGAGAGUGGGCGUCCUGCGCGGCCUAGGGCGUCUGCAAAACGUCAAUCCAGCUUUAGAGAGGAUGACAUUGGGGAGGGCGAGAAACGUGGCCCCUGGACACCAGAGGAGGAUAAACAGCUUACGGAACUAGUUACAAAUUGUGGUGCUCAACGCUGGAGCACUAUUGCUGAGUCAAUCCCUGGGCGCUCGGGGAAGUCCUGCAGGCUCAGGUGGUGGAACCAUUUGAGCCCACAAGUUAAAAAAGGUCCUUUCAGUGAAUUUGAAGACGCUGUCAUCGUGCGGUCACAUGAGAAGUAUGGCAACAAAUGGUCAGUUAUUGCCAAGCUUCUUCCAGGAAGAACUGAUAAUGCGGUCAAGAACCGAUGGAACUCGACGCUGAGGCGCAAGCACACCGGCGGAACACUUAACAACAAGUAA